UUUCACCGAUCUGAGGGAGUGCGCGCGCGCACGUGGAUCCCUGCAGCAGCAGGAAAGACCAGAGAAGCGGCGCGCGUCGCUGCUGUACAGCAAUGAUGGGCGGCAGACCGAGCGCGAUUACCGCGGGCGUCUGCGUCGCGAUGUUCAUCGGGUACUGUAUCUAUUUCGACAGAAAACGACGAAGCGAUCCAAACUUCAGAAGCAGACUGCGUGAACGGAGACGGAAGCAAAGAUCUGCUCAAGAUAAAUCUGGACUGGCUCAGCUUCCAGAUCUUAAAGAUGCCGGUGCUGUGCAGAAGUUUUUCCUCGAUGAGAUUCAGUUGGGAGAGGAAUUGCUGGCACAAGGAGAUUAUGAGAAGGGUGUGGACCACCUGACCAAUGCCAUCGCCGUGUGCGGCCAACCCCAGCAGCUUCUCCAGGUGUUACAGCAGACUUUGCCACCACCUGUGUUCCAAAUGCUUCUGACCAAACUACCGUCAAUCAGUCAGCGGAUUGUGAGUUCUCAGAGUCUGGAGGAAGAUGAUGUGGAGUGAGCGUGUGUGUUCCGUCACAUCAGUCUGUGAUUGUGUGCGUGUCUCCUCUCGGUCUUUUAUUUAUUUCCCACACCUUACACUUCUUGUUUCCUCACGAUUUGCGAGAUAUACAAAGGGUGAAUGUGAUAUUUUGUGUCAGCGUUUCAUGUGUUUCAUGAAGUGAUUUAUUACAUCAUUGACUGCUGUUGAUUGACCGUGUACAUUAAAGGUCAUCGUUUUAUACGUUCUGGACGCAAGCACUUCUCGUUAAACGUGUCGUUUUAGACAGUUGUCAUCCACGUGUGCUUUAAUUCCUCAUUGUUCUUGUUUUCAAAUCACAUGUUCUAAAGAGUAUGAUAAUGUUUUGUAAUUUGUGUCACGAGAUUUCCUUUUGUACUUCAUAAAAAUAAAAUGUGCACAAGAAAAAUGGUUUUCUGUCUUGUGCU